UGCUAUUUUCACGUGUAUAUUGACAUGGGUAGAUUUCGAGCUCAUCUUUGACACAGUUAAAUGUCCUAACCGAGACAGUCGAUCUGUAGACACCAUGACCGAAGCUUUCAGUAGUAACAGCGAGAGUGUUAUUCAGCGCUCCGUGGACGUGUCCGCUACAGAAGCACGCUCUCCCGUGGCAAGUCUGGAGGACACUUACCAGAUCAGUGAAACCUGUCAUUUCAUCAACAGUAAUGAAUUUAAGAAGGUUGCAUUACAAUUCCCAGAUGAGCUACUGGUGGAUUCUAUUGCAGUAGCUGCAGCAAUACAGAGAGGAAGCAAUGCCAAGACGUACAUCUUAGGAGACACAUCUUAUGGCAGCUGCUGUGUCGACGAGGUUGCAGCAGAACACGCUGGGGCAGACUGCAUAGUACACUAUGGCCAGUCGUGUCUCAGCGCGUCCAGAAGGCUCCCUCUGAUGUACGUGUUUGGGAAGAGAGCCAUAGACGUCCAGCAGUGCGCGUCAUCGUUUAGAGAUCUCUACACUGACCUACAGAGUCACGUUGUCAUCUUGUAUGACGUGGUCUAUUCACACGCCAUAGACAGUCUCAUGCAGCUUCUGGGCGAUUCAUACCCAAAUGUUGUUGCCUCCAGUCUGCGUACGGACCAUUGCCACGGUAACGGACGUUACGAUCAGGAACCCUCAGACUCUCAGGAUGAUAGGGUCAUUUGUAAAUUUGGCAGACAGUUCCGUUUGAAAGAGGGAAAAAACACUGAGGACUAUGGCAUGUUUUUCAUCGGACGUGAAGGUUUGACUCUUACGAACUUCAUGAUGACGUGGAAUCGUUGUAGGUUCAGCUCGUUCGAUCCGGAAACAUCGCUCGGUAGGACGGAGUCGGUCAACAUCAACAAAGCCUUAAUGAAACGCUACUACGCCAUUGAACGGGCGAAAGAUGCUAACGUGGUCGGCAUUCUGGUUGGCACGCUUGGCGUGGCUAAUUACCUAACCAUCAUUGAGCAGGUGAAGGAGAGCAUUCGUAAAGCUGGCAAGAAAAGUUACAUGUUUGCUAUGGGCAAACUCAACGUUCCCAAGCUCGCUAACUUCUUGGAGAUUGACGUAUACGUGCUGGUAGCCUGUCCGGAAAAUUCGCUGUUGGAUUCUAGUGAGUUUUAUAGGCCGGUGGUGACACCCUUUGAGAUGGAAGUGGCCUGUAACAGAAACAGGGAAUGGAGCGGAGAGUAUAUAACCGACUUCAGAGAUCUUCUACCAGGUGGCAGCAGUCACGUUGACUUCUCAGACCCAGAUGCCAAUGAGGAGAUGACUGACGUCUCUCUGAUCACCGGAGCACUGCGAACCUCCGGUUUACGCUCUGAACUGGAGAACGGCACGCCACAAUCUUCCUCCGUCGUCCUCAGGAACCAAACCCUCACCGUGGCCAACGCCAACACAGCAGCAUCAUUCCUGGCUGGGAGGAGCUGGCAGGGUCUGGAGCAGAAGCUGGGGCAGACUCCUGUCGUUAAGGCCGUGGAGGGGAGGAGAGGAAUCGCUAUAGCGUAUGAAGAUGAGGGGAACAACACCAAAGACUGUUAGACCUGACCCCCACUGAAUUACACAGAACACAGGAAGGAAACUGGAUAUGCCUCCAGGGUCCUCUGGGUGAACUUCCGUUCUGAAACACUCUUUCUUUGUUAAACCAUAACAAUAUGAAGAUAAAGGAGAAGAGACAUUUCUGUAAUUAAGACUCUGGUUAGGGGGACAAGCCCUAGAUUUCUGCAUUGUUCUUAGACUUGUCAGUUUUUCUGUAAACUGCUGCUGAAAGAUCAAGUACAGUAAUAUCUGUGAUUAAUUAAAAUGGCAAAUAUUUUUCAGUGUUUGUUCAUUAAUGACAAUAGACUGAUUGCUGUGUGUUUCCAUCAAGAAAUCUGAAUGUUAAUAAAAUAUG